UUUGUAAUUUUGUAAACAACCAAAUUAAGAACAAAUAAAGUACAUUAAAUAUUUAUCAUUUUCACACAAUUUUAAAUUAUAUUUAAUUAGUGAACGGUGAUAACAAUGUUGCAAAGAACUAUACGAAUAUUUCUUCCAGCAUUUCUGUUGAAUUUGAAAGAUACAAUUUAUCUUAAAGGUUAUUAUAGUUUUUCGGAGAAUACCGUUAUAGUUUAUUUUGUGGAAUAUUCUUACAUAGGGUGGAAGUCUAGUGGAAACCAGGAAGAUGUUAUUUAUGGAAUCUGGAACCUAACAAAAAAAGAGAAAAAUCUAGAUAUUUUUAAAAACAUUAUUGUUUUUACCUAUCAAAGUCAUACUCCAAUAAAAAACAUUACAAUACAUGGGCGCCCAAUAGAUUUUACAAAUAACUGUAUAUUGAUGCUGUAUGAAUACGAUAAAAUUAAACAGACAGAAAUUAAGUUUAAAUCAAAUGAAGAGUUAUUGCAUCUACAAAGUUUGAUACAAAAACAUAGGAAUCAAAUUGAAAUCUAUGAGCCAUUUUUUAUACCUCCCUUCUGGUUAUCAUACUCCAUGGUUGGCCAGCAUGUUUGUAAUUAUUUAAAUUUGGCUCACUGGUUCCUGAUAAGUGUAUGGAGAAACAAGAAGAUAUCUAUAAAACAAGGCAAUCUCAUAUUAGCAGUCCUUGUUGAUAUUCUUCUAGGGUAUCUUGCCCUGCAAUUUAUUAUGAUAAAUGAAAAAGAACUUAGUGACAUUUUGAUGAAUAUGCUUGAGAACUUAGUGAACUCCUUGUACACAUUAUUAAAAUGGUUGAUGGGUGUUCCUGCAGGUCUAAAAUUAAACAAUGCAUUCAAUAAAAUGCUUGGAAAGUAUUUCUCGUACCAUAUACAACUUUGGUGGUUAUUUCUAGAGGUGACUGGUGAAAAACUGGAAGUCAUCUUACAGUUGUUUCACUAUAUUGGAUAUGCUGGGAUUACGUUUCAAGCAGCUAUAAUUUCAGAUAUGUUAUGCAUAGCAACAUUUCAUUCGUACUGUAUCUACGUAUAUGCUGCAAGGUUAUUCAACAUACAAGUAUCUGGACUCAUUGCUUUAUUGAGGUUAUUUGUUGGACGCAAAUAUAAUCCUCUCCGAGGUGGCAUAGAUUCGUGUGAAUACACCAAUCAAGAACUAUUUGUUGGCACAGUUGCGUUUACCAUACUGUUGCUUUUGUUGCCAACUACUGCUAUGUAUUAUGCAGUGUUUACACUGUUCCGGCUGCUGUCAUUGGUGCUGCAACAUGUCCUUGCCAAAUUAAUUUACUUGAUGCAUACGCUGUCAAUUUACGUAGUCGCACUGUGGCUUACUAACUCAUCUAAAGUAGCGGGUAAUAUUCUGUUGGAGGUGGUCAGCAAUGAAGAUUCUUCACCAAUGAUACUCAAGCUGAAGCUGUUUAAGAAAUCGAUACACGAUUUAGUGAAAAGUUUCACACCCCCUGUUGAAGUCCCCAAGCAAAUAGAAUGGACCAAUUUAUUUUCCAAUUUGUUGAUGGGAAACCAAAUCAUUUGAUUGUCAAUUUAUCAUUAAACUAGAUGAAAUUAUUGGAGGUGUAAUUUUGUAACAAAACAAUCCGUUCAAAUAUCGCCCUUACGAUCUUAGUAAGAAGAUACAAUUCUAUAGAGGUCGUUUGA